CGUCUGGUCCAUCAUCAUCUCCACAUCAUGGGUUAUCAAGCUUUUGAAGCACACCCACGACAUCGUUAGGCUUGGGUAGAUUUUCAGGAUAUUGUGUGUGUUUGUUUCGAGGGUAAGAGCUGCCGCAGUGAGCGUCUUUGUAGUGUUUUUGGGUUGUGGGGAUACUUAGGGUUUGACAGCCAUGGCGAUGGUGCCCAGCGGAGGUGGUGAUGAUGUUUCAGGGGGAGAAGGAGGCAGCUGGACUAAUUCUGACGAUGGCUUGAUUGAUUCCUCUUCUUCUGCGUCUCAAGAGCCUGGGAGCUGGAGCGUGGGUGGGCCUAAUCACCCCACCUUCUGCUUCUUCAAGGGCGCUGCGGAUGGGCUGGCGGGUGGGCUCAUGGGGUCUGUAUUUGGAUUCGGAUCGGGUCUGUUCAAAAAGCAAGGAUUCAAAGGAGCUUUGAGGGAGGGUGGUUCGUCUGCCAAGACCUUCGCAAUAUUAUCGGGCGUGCACAGCAUCGUUUCGUGUUACUUGAAAAAAGUUCGAGGCAAAGAAGAUGCUUGGAAUGCAGGAAUUGCUGGUUGCGCUACUGGUUUAGCACUUAGCGCUCCUGGGUCACCGCAAGCGUUGGCGCAGAGUUGUCUUAGCUUUGGAGCUUUCUCUUUCGUGUUGGAAUACAUGAACCACACUCGGCCUGCCAUAGCAGCAACUGUCACCUCAGUUUUGCAACCCAGCUCCUCCCGUCAAUUCAACAUCAUCAACCAUCAUCACUGGCAUCUUAACAUGCCAGCACUUCCUCCUUUCACUCUCCCUCCUCUUUCAUUUCCAAGCCAACUGUCUUUCCUGAACCUAGAGUCAGCAAACAGAACAAGGCCGUUGUGAUUCGUGUACUAUCAGCUUGUAGUGGUUUUGAAUUUUCUCUUCUCAAUGAACAAAGCUUUCAUGUCUACAUCUGUGUCUCUUCAUCUUUUGUUUCUGAGAUUUCAGAAUGCUAACAUCAAAUAUUCCAAAGUGCAGUUCUAAAUUUUGAGUUUUAA